AUGAAGUGCAGCGGGGAGAUAAAUGUCGACAAACGGGUCGUGUACAUGGGCUUGAUGCUCUGUACUCUGGCGUACCCGGUCGCGGCGCUCAUGAUCAUUGUUCGAGAGGAGAACUGGUACGACGAUGAAGGAAAUAAGCUUGGUCACCCGCUUCCUCAAAUCACCUGUCCCAUUGCAGGGGCAGAAAGUGACGCUGAUUGUGCACCGACUCCUCUUGCGUACGCAAACAUAAACGCAAUCAUUUGGGUAUUUGUUGUAAAUGAGUUCAUUAUGCAUUCUACCUACGUUCUUUACGUGAAACUCUGGGCAACAGGAGGCAUGAUUCUCAGCUUUCGACGCGAGCUACUUUCCAUCAUCGCUUUCCUUGCUCCCGAGUUAACUCUGAACUCGGUCUUCUACUACGUCCAAACGAUGCCAGUGGUCCGGGAGUGGUUUCCGGGGCUGAAGAACUUCACAUACCCACUUCUCGUCUCAUUCUUCUUAGGCGCGACUGUGUCCAUGCUCUACGGUGUAGGGACUUCACAAACCACAGAUCAAUUUCGACGGACAGUGACCCUUGCUGGGCCUGGCCUGAUGUUUCUUUUCGUUGACUGGUUCAGCCGGUCUGUCUUUUUGCCAUUUUUCGAAUUGAUGCAGAAUACAUUAACGGAUUUGAACGUCAGUACCUUUGUUCUUGCUAUAUUCGAGUUGAUUCUCACGAACGUGUACGGCUCUCUUUUCUUGCCGGCAACCCAAAAGCUCUGCGUCUUUCUUGCUCGCUUCUUUUACAACGUGUCUUACGGAGUCGACUCGAAAGUGACUCUCUACGACUACGUCAAUCUUCAGGCGAAUGAUCCAAAACUCUCUCCUCAAGACCCUCUGUCGAAACGGACAACUCUAGUCAGUCCAAGUGACAUUGGUACUUUCGACCCGGGUUUGCACCACAGCAGCAUCGUUAUUGGCCGCAAAAGGAGUUCUGCGCGGACAAGCGUUUCCACUGCGGCUGCCGAACUUCAGAAAAUGGAACGCGAACGGACGAGCACCGCGGCUGCUGCAGUGUAUGAAGAGACGGCAGUCGUCGAGCUGAGAGACGAUCCGUCUUUGCACGCGACCCCGCCGUCUUUCUGCAGCGAAUCGAGCCUCAAGAUUGCGGAGACAGGUGCCAUGAUCGAGGCACCGGCACAGGACGAUCCUGAGCAGGGGUUCUCUCAGGCGAGCGGCCCGAGCCGUUCGGCUUCGAAUGCAAACGGUUUUCUCUCUAAAGAGACUGCGGAAGACCGUCAAAGUGGAGAAGGGGAGACCCACCCGAAUGCCCGUCGCCAGCCUAGCAACAUUUCACAGCUUGGCGACGAAGAGGAGCAGAGCCUCGCAAAACUGUCUGACCAGUAUGACCAGACCGAAACACGUCGAAUGGCCUCACAAAGCAGCAAAAGCGACGAACGACCUGCUGUGCAGUUGCUUCCGGAACGAAUGGACAUCCUCUCAGGCAGCGAGGACAGAAGAAAGUCGUUUGCCUCUUCCUCCACUCCACGGGGGGCCGAGGAAGAAUGGGCGUCAAAGCCGAGCAACAGCUUCACGCGACUCAUGGCCGCAACAACCCCGGACAAGGAUUUCGAGUGCAUGGGAAGCAUGAUUAGCGGGAAAGAAGGGCGGAUCUGUGGAGUGAAGGACACCGCAGAAACGGCGGCGUUCCGGAACAAUGUGUAUAUCCCGUACAGGAAGGGCUUUGGUAGCGAUGCCGUUGAGUUUGAGAAGAUUAUUACGUGGUUCAACUUGAUCUGGGAUAGCUGGCGAUUCCUACUUUUGCGGGCAGUUAUGGUCAAGACCUCGAACGUGGUCAUUUUCUUCAUUAUGAUUUUCAAGGAUUUCAUCUACUCAAUGUGGCACUUUUGCGUUCGAUACAACGAGUCGUGCAUGCUCUUCUUUCUCGAACUCCGAUCCGUCGACACUCCGAAAAACCGGAGAAUCUUAUCCAUCCUUCACUGGUUUCAAGUCCUCGUCGUCCGCCCCUUUCUCGCACCAAAAUCUCUGACGCGCGUCGUCUGGAGAUCGCAACUGCUCUUUGGUCUGAACAAGCAACGCGCGGAGAGUCGCAUGCGGAGUGCGGCGUGCCGCGCGCACAGCCGAGUCAGAGAGAUCGGCAUACGCACACUGAGCAACAUCCACGAUAAAGAACCCUGGGAUGCGCCAAACAACGGGACGCCAGCGAAAGCCCUUCGGGGGUUCGGAAUACUCCUCGGCAAGUUCUGGAAGGACUUGGGGCACGACAUCGCUGCGCAUUUCCGAGAGGAAGCGAAAGGCAUUCUUCAGUACCUCUCGAACCGCGCCCACAACUCGCGCUACGUCCGCCCGUUCCGCAAGAGGGCUUCGUCGAUCAAAAGCACUCAAGAGGCCGAAGAGUGCGAUGUCGAAUACCACUAUGCCACAGAGCUUGUCAUCAUCCGAAACGUGCCCAUAACAGUCACGAAACGCUCCAAGAGGAGUUCCAGCCUGUUCAGUCGGUCUCACCACGGGUCGGAAUCUGGAACCGAGUCGGUGCUUUCCGCUUCCGACUCGCAACUCGCAGGCCCCGGGAAAAAGAAACGCAGGUCCAGUGCUCUUUCCCUCAGUGAUAUUUUCCGCAGCCGCCAGGAUUCGGCCUUCCGCACGAUGCAUGCGGCUUGGCUCUCUCAAGUUGUCGAGGAAGUGCAGUCUCUCAUCUACAAUCGAACCUGGCCUCGGCUGCUGCAGAAAUUCAUGUCUUCGCUCUCCCUCGUCGUCAGUGACAUUAUCGCUGAAAACACAAAGAUCGGCCUUCUACCUGCUUAUCAAACGUUCGGGCUGUUUCGUACCUACGCCGGCCGGCUUCGUCUGUUCAUUAUGUUUUCCUUCGAUGUUGUUGAAGUGUGUACGGUGUACAAGGUCCAAACGAUCAGCCGCUUCUACAAGAGCCUAAAAGAUGGGUUCAACAACCACCACGAUGGCCCUCUCGUCAUGCUGUGCACCAUUAACUGCGCGGGGAUUCUGCUAUACUUUGGUCUCCUUCGUUAUGUUCGAUUUGCCGACAUCAAUGGAGACAAGCUCAUUCUCCCGGAUAACUGCCAGCACGAAAUGCUCAACCAGUUAAACCUUUCAAAGUAG